AUGGCUCGGGCUGGCGUCAAUAAGGUGGCCGCCAACAUUUGCACCUUUGGCAUCCUCAUCCGUUGCUUCUCUACUGUCGGCCGCUUGGACCUCGCCUUUGCUGCCUUUGGCCAGGUCAUCAAGAUGGGAUGGAGGGAGCAGGUCAUGGCCCUCAACCAGCUAAUCAAGGGUCUCUGUGAUGGCAAGAUGACGAGCGACGCAAUAGAUAUAGUGUUCAGACGAAUGCCGAAGCUUGGCUGCACACCUGAUGUUUUCUCCUAUAACAUUCUCAUCAAGGGGCUCUGCGCCGAGAAGAAGAGUCAAGAGGCUCUUGAGCUGCUGCGUCACAUGACGGACGAUGGCGGAUACAACUGCCCUCCCGAUGUGGUAUCAUAUAACACGGUCAUCGACGGCUUAUUUAAAGAAGGUGAGGUCGACAAAGCUUACAUCCUGUUUCAUGAAAUGCUGGGUCGGGGGUUUGCACCUGAUCUUGUGACAUACAACUCAAUCAUUGAUCUUGUGUUAUGCCGAAUAGUAGGAAUGUUGGAAGAGGCAGUGAGGCUGCUCAAAAAGAUGUCUGGAGGUGGUCUUCAACCGAAUGUUGUCACUUACAAUCUGCUGAUAGACUAUUAUUGCAAGAUUGGAAGAUGCACAGAAGCUAGGAAUAUCUUUGAUUCAAUGGUCCGAAGGGGUCAAAACCCCAAUGUUACCACCUACUGCAGUAUGCUUCAUGGGUACGCCACAAAAGGAGCUCUUGUUGAUAUGCAUGAUCUCCUUGAUUUGAUGAUUCGAGACAGUAUCCCACUUGAACAUCGUGUCUUCAACAUCCUGAUACGUGCAUACGCUAAACAUGAAACGGUGGAUAAGGCAAUGGCUGCAUUUAUAGAAAUGCAACAGAAAGGUUUGAGGCCAAAUGUAGUCACCUACAACACGCUAAUUGACAUUCUUUGCAAGACAGGCAGAGUGGAGGAUGCCGUGUGCCAUUUCAAUCAGAUGGUAAGUGAAGGGUUGUCUCCUGAUAUCAUAAGUUUUAACUCACUAAUACAAGGUCUCUGUACCGUUGGUGAAUGGAAGAAGGUUGAGGAACUUGCUUUUGAAAUGAUCAAUAGGGGCAUCCAUCCCGAUGCCAGAUUCCUGAACGCAAUAAUGGAUACCCUAUGCAAGGAAGGAAGGGUUGUGGAAGCACAGGAUUUCUUUGAUCUAGUUAUACGCACUGGUGUGAAACCAGAUGUUGUUUCAUAUAAUAUACUGAUAGAUGGAUAUUGCUUAGAUGGGAAGAUGGAUGAAUCGAUUAAGCUACUUGAUCGUAUGGUCUCCAUUGGCUUGCGACCUGACAUUGUGACCUAUAGUGCUUUGCUUAAUGGCUACUGUAAGAAUGGAAGGGUUGAUGAUGCACUAGCACUUUACAGAGAAAUGUUCAGCAAGGAUGUUAAACCUAAUGCUAUUACAUAUAACAUAAUGUUGCACGGGUUGUUUCAGGCUCGAAGGAUUGUUGCUGCAAGGGAAUUCUACAUGAAAAUGGUUGACAGCGGAACACAGUUGGGAAUCAACACAUACAACAUAGUUCUUGGAGGACUCUGUGAAAAUAGUUGUGUUGAUGAAGCGCUAAGAAUUUUUGAGGGCUUGCGUUCAAAAGAAUUUCAGCUUGAGGUUUGGACUUUCAAUAUAAUGAUUAAUGCCUUGCUGAAAGUUGGUAGGAUUGAUGAAGCUAAGGGCCUGUUUUCGGCUAUCGUGCUCAGUGGUCCUGUGCCUGAUGUAAUAACAUACAACUUAAUGAUCGAAAGUCAUAUAAAAGAAGGUUUGUUAGAAGAGUCUGAUGAGCUUUUUCUAUCUAUGGAGAAGAAUGGCUGUGCUGCCAACUCACGUAUGCUAAAUACCAUAGUUAGAAGACUACUUGAAAAAGGAGAUGUGAGAAGGGCUGGAACCUACCUUACCAAAAUUGAUGAGAAGAACUUCUCCCUUGAAGCUUCGACCGCUGCAUUGCUGAUUUCUAUUGUUUCAGAGAGGAAGCUGAGAGAAGAGUCCUUGACAGCAAUAUCCCGGCACGUGAAGGAUCUUAGGGAAGCACAGAAGGAAUCUACAUUCUCUGAUGAAAACAACAAAGCAACUGCAAUAGGAAGGGAUAUUCAGGAAAUAUACGACAAACUAAAAGAUUCUUCGCUGCCCAAAGGCCUUUUCACAAAGGAACAGCCUUGGAAGGAUGUAUAUAUCACAGAACUCCUUAAUUGUAUCAAAGAGGAACAUAUGAAGGAUUUUGAACAAGAAUAUUGUUUAGCAGAAAAGAUAGAAUGGGCAACGGAGGACACGGAUAUUGCAGUUGGUGAUUAUGUCAGUGCAUGGUACAGUAUGCUUUGGUCCUGUGCCCAAGAACUGAAGCAUGGUCGUCACUACUUUAUUGCUCUUGGGGAGAUAUAUAGAGUUGCACAGAUUUUACAUUUAUCCUUGCAGUGUUUCAAGCCCUGGGUUCUUGCAUAUCCUGGAAUGCUGCACUAA